CAGCUGGCAUGUGAGUGAUUGCGUGCAGUUUGCAGUGCGCACGGUCGAUUACCACCAUUUGGACUGGCAGUAGCUCUGAUGAGUCUAACUAUUACACGUCCGUGGAGCGCUUUUGCCAGAUGAUACCUGUUGAUUUUGCAUCGCGCCAUGUCCUACUGUCGGACUGAAGUGGACAAUGAAGUUAUGGGAUAGUCUAACCACUUGUUUGAUACUGCUGAGUGCCGUUUACGCCAGCCCGCUGCUCCAGAGCCCGCAGGAGCCCACGUCCACCAAGAGGAGAGGGCGCGUCGCCGAGAGUCCCCCCGAGCUCCCGCCCGUUCAGAUCGGCCUGUCUGUUUCUUCCACGAGCAUGAGCCGCGCGGAUACCGCAAACAGGGACGAAACGCUGGCUGGAGGAGAUAAAUACACCACUGAGGAGCCCCUCCCAAAUGAGUUUGAAGAUGUGGUGAACUUCAUCAAAGUAACCAUCAGUAGAAUGCGUCGCUCCUCCUCGCUCACUGUGUCCUCAUCUACCUCCACCACCAGCACCACCGCCGCUGCCGUCCCCAUCUCUUCCCCCUCCAAAGAUAACUUUGACAGCAGGACCCGACAUAGAAGGAGAAAGAGGAAAAGGACAAGCCAGCGAAACAGUAACAGAAGAGAAGGGGGAUCUAGAGGUGCUGGCGCAGGUGGGAAGAUUAGAGGCGGUGGUAGAGGACAGGGCUGCGUGCUAAAGCAGAUCCACCUCAACGUGUCUGACCUCGGUCUGGGCUACCGCUCCAGUGAGGAAAUGAUAUUCAGGUACUGCUCAGGACCGUGCAGAAAGUCAGAGACAAACUACGACAAAAUCCUUUACAACCUCAUUCACAACAGGAGGCUUCCCGCCAAAGACGUUCCCCCUCAGGCUUGCUGUCGGCCAAUAGCGUUCGACGACGAUCUCUCGUUUCUGGACGACAGCCUGGUUUACCACACCGUGAGGAAGCACUCCGCCAGAAGAUGUGGCUGCGUGUAGGGAGUGCAACUUGUCAGGCUUUGUGUAAUUUUAACUUUUUAUACUCCCACUCUAUAGUGGUAUAAUGUUAAGUGUUUUUUUCUUUUGUUUUGAUUUCACUCACAGAAGCUUUUUGGCAUGUGGUGAUUUAUGACUUGGAUUUAGCAGUAUAGGAGUAAAUAAACAGGAAGUGGCAUUACACAAGUUUUCACCCCAGAGAAAUUACUUUUAAGAGUUACCUCGGCACGGUUACAGCUUCUAUGACUUCCUUUACAGCCUACAGCUUGACUAUGUGGGAUUUGAUAUUCCCAUCUAUACUCAGUCACAGUCACACAUUCAGCCAACUCACUCUG